AUCGAUAUUGCAUCAGAACCGCCACCUUCACGUCCGAUCCAUGGCACAUGAAGGUGCUCCGCGACCCAGCCAUGUCGCAUCUCGGUCAAUCAGCGGUUCACAGCCAGGUCUUCUUGACCCUUCACAAACCGCUCGACUUCUUCGGCUGCCUGGAACGAUACUUUCUUUUGCAGCUUUCCAUCCUCGCGUGGCAUCCAGCGAAAUCCGUAUAGAUGUCGAUAAACUGUCCCUGAAUGAGGAAUUGUAUCGACCCAAACGCGUCGUCAUCGAGACUCUGCCCGACGGUGACAGUUUCUGGAGAUUCGUACCCAGAGCGAGGAGAGGAAUAAGUGUGGAAGAUGAAGGAGCGUGGCCAAGAGUUAUCAAUAUCUGCGGAGAGCUCAUAGAGUGUUCACAAGACCAGUGGGACAUCUAUAAACUUGAUCCUGAGUAUGAUUGCUACGUGCAAGCCAGCCCAGAAAUAACUAUCGUCACCCGAAAGGAGCCGCCUCCAACCACGUCGCAAAACCCAUCAAACUCUCAAUCCGCUUCAUCUAGCUCAUCCGGCCACCGCUUCAAGCGCCGGCUCUCGCCACCCUUGUACACAGACCAGGACACAAUUCCAACCAAAAAGCGGCGUCAGGCUGUUGAUGAUUUCAGCUCUAGCGACGACGAAAGCGAAGUUGAGAUUUUGAUAAAUUCUUCUCGACCCCGCCCUCCACGUACCAGCACCUUGAACACGCGGCCUCCUGCACGUCGAAAGCACGAUAAUGUUGAGGCUGAGCGAAGAAUAAAGAGAGAGAAGCUUGCGUACGCACAAGGAAGACAUGCUCGCGACGGACAUGUAGACGACGGCAUGGAGGUUGACUCUAUCAAUCCGGUGUUCACAAUACCAGCUACGCCUAGGAACACCUAUCAAUCUGUGCCUUCAGCAAAACGCAAAGGCCGCUCCAGUCACUCAGACCAGGACCUUCGAGCCUCCCCUACAAAUUCUUCCUCAAAUGGCUUCAAACCAUCGAAGAGGGCGCGUACACAGUCUCCGGAAUUGAAUCGACGCGAAGCGACCGAGAGACGAAAGGAAAGGGAACGAAAGAAAGCGGAGAAUAUCGCAAGACAAUCACAUCUACGGAAAGAACAGAGGGAGCGCGCGUUCAUGGAGGAUAUCCUGGCAGACAUUCCUGAGUUUUCUUCUCCAGCUAAUGAUAUACUUGAGGAGCAGGUCAACCAGGUUGAUGAGGAAGAAAUACGGCAAGCUGCGAUCGCCGAAUCUCGCCGAAAGCUCGAGGAGUUGGAACGAGACCGGCCAAUAUGGGAGCAAGCCGCACGCGAACGCGAAUCGAAACGCGCACACGAGGAAGAGCUGGAAAGAGAACGCAAAGUGGCGGAAGCACGCGAGCGUGAGGAACGGGAUCGGAUACAACGAGCGGAAGAUAUACGAAAGGCUGCAAUGGAGCGUAAACGACAACAGGCGGAAAUUAAUCGUCGCGCUCAGGCACAGAAAGAAGCUCAAGAGAAAUUUGAGAGGGAAAGACGAGAACAGGCUGAGGCUUGGAGGAGGGAAAAUGAGAAGAAAACCCGACAACAGCAAGAGAAAUGGUCUCGAGGUGCCUGGACGUCACAGCGAGCGCUGGAACGCUACAAGACUCUUUGCGAAACUUUCGACGCGACGAAGUUCUCGGCCGACGAGCCAUUGACUUUUGAGGCUGUACCAUGGCCUCUACUUGCAGCUCCGUUGACUUUCUCAGUUGAGGAUGUGGAUUGGGCGGGGGUGGAAAAGUUCUUCGAGACAGUGAAGGACCACAUGCGUUGGCAAGAGUAUAAAACUUUUGUCGAAAAGAGUCAUCGGAGGUUUCAUCCGGACCGUUGGAGCUCGAGAAGGCUUCUGAACACCAUUGAGGACGAAACGGAACGGAGUUCUUUGGAGGUCGCUGCCAACACGGUUGCUCAAGCGCUGACACCGCUAUGGCGAGAGGCUAGAGGACAAUAGAUGGGACACCGAUAUCUACUGUAUAUACUUUACUUAGUUUGACUACAGAGAAGUUAAUAAUGUUCCAAG